AUGGGCAAGGUCGCUCGGGAGCUUCUGGCAAACUCCAACAUUCUGGAUCCCCUGGCUGGCAGGCUUGCCUAUGUGCUUGGUGCUUUCAUUUCGCUUCUCAUGUGGAGCUUUGGUUUGAUCUGGCUAGUAUUUGCCUUCGCGACUGUGCUUUACAGCUCUCCGUUCCCGUUCAAUAUGGGUUGGUGGGGAUUUACUUUCCCUCUUGGUGUGUAUGCCGCCAAUACCAUUGAACUCGGACGUGAGAUGGAUCUGAUGUUCUUCAAAGUAUUUGGAACAGUAAGUGGUUAA